AGCUGCCGGACGCCGGGCAGGGGGAGAAGGAGCAGGUUGAGCCCCCACAGAUUAAAGGCCCUGUGGAGAUCAUCCCAGAGAAGAAGGGCAAACUGGAAGAAGUUCAGCUGGACAGACCCAACCCAGGGAUGGCGGUCCCAGUCGGGGAAGCCCAUCGACACGAGCCUCCCAUUCCUCACGAUGAGGUCAGGGUGGACGUAAGGAAGGACAAAGAGGACUCGUCCGAGAAGCGGCCUCCCGCCAACGCUGACCUCAAGCAGGAGGCGGAGCAGGGCGAGAGGAAGGAGGUGGGGCUGGGUGAGGGGGAGGCUGCAGGUGUUGCGGUGCAGGAGGAGGAAGGGCAGCCAGCUGAACACGCCCAGGGGAACAACGCUCUUCAGCGGCAGCCACAGCAGGAGGGCAGACCAGCCUACAAAGACCUCGAGGGAGCGGAAAAGCAGGAGCCGCCCCCUAGGGAAGAGGAGCACGCUGGGAAGGAGGUGCAGCAUGAGGGCGGGAAGCCUGUCGACGCUGGGAAGGUACCAGAACACCAUGGGGGGAACGUUGAGGAGGUCCCCGCUCAACUUGAGGGGGACAAGGCAGUGGAGCAGGGCGAUGCUGAGGGGAAUAAGUUGGAUGGACAGGAGGGCAAGUUUGAUGAAGCAGGCCGCGCAGAGCAGCUGGAGCACGCUGUGCUCAUGCAGGUCAUCCAGGUGCAACAGCAGCAGCAGAGACUGCUGGACCAGCAGGAGAAGCUGCUGGCUGUAAUCCAAGAGCAGCACAAGGAGAUCCAUCAGCAGGACAAGCCUGCAGGUUUGGAUGAACAGGGAGUCCCAAGCGAAGAGAAAGCAGCACAGGAGAAGCGUAAUGCCCAGGAGGCUCCAGCAGCAGAGGCAGCAGGAGCAGCAGCGGGGUUGGAGAAAGAACCCCAUCUGGAGCAGCUGCCUAAGGUUCCAGCAGCUGGAGGGGAUGUGAACCCCAAGGGUCCAAAACCUCCAGAGGCCCCUCAAGAGGAUAUCAAGAAUGAUAAAGAGCCCAAAGUUGAGUCCAAUAAGAUCAGGGAUACCGCAGUCAAGCUGGGAGUGAAGCACCCAAAGGAGGAGCCCAAAGUGGAUGUCCAGAAUGCCAAUGAGUUGCCAGGUGGUGGUGUAGAAGGGCACAGGGAGGUUGGUGCCAGAGGAGUACCCCUGGGGCAGAAGGUUCAUGUGAAGGAGCCUCCGCUCAAGGACGUGAGAGCGGGGCAAGCCCAAGGCAGGCCAGAACUGCAGCCUCAGGAAGGGGUUGUGCAGGCGGAGAAGAGAGCUGUGCCAGAUGCAGGAGUGGUGAAGCCCAUGGAACCAGAACAAAAAGAAAAACAGGACAGCGAAGUGGCACAGCAUCAGCAUCCCCGCAAGGUGGUGCUGAAAACCGAGGAGGAGCUGAAUAUGAAGAGGGACCAGGGCCAGGCUGCGGUGGACAAAGACCUAAAAGAACAAAACCAGGAGGAAAUGGUUCUGAAGCAGCACAGAGUGAGGGAGCACAGAGAGGUAUCCAAGAAGGAAGACCACAAUGACCAGCAGCAGCAACAGCAACAUCCACAGGAGGAUGUGGACAAGGUGCCUGCGGUGAAAGAGAAGCCGAACCGAGACGCGGAGAUGGAUCUGAAGAGAAGGAAGAGGAGAGAGCUGCAGGCCGGGCAGCACCAGGAGCCUGCAGUCAUGGGUCUGGAGCCCCUCCUGAACCUGGGGGGGUCAGACCUCCACGCAGCACUGGAGGGACAGCUGCUGGGGGGCGCGCUGGUCCACACACGGCAGAUCAAAGAAGCUGAGACCCCCAGCGAGAAACAGAGAUAAUCUUCAGGGGGGGGGGGGGGGUCUGGCGGCGCUGCUGCUACCAUAGUGUCGGAUUUGGAUUUGCAACCAGCAUUGCAAAACCGGGACGUUCAUUUAUUUCCUUUCUGCAUAUCUGAAGACAAUGUUAGCAGCAGAAUUCAUCCCUGUGGGUGUGUGUUGCAUGUUUGUUUUUUGUUUUGUUUUUUUUAUUAUUUUUUGCCGUUUGGCUGAAUAAAUAUUUUUAGGAAUAGGCUACCAUAACCCCUCCAUUCCAAUAGCAGAUGUAGCAAUUUUUAAAAUAAAAACUAGUAAUCCUUUAUCUCCUCCCUCAAAUGGAUUUUACCUAUUAAAAUAAUAAAGAUGUAUUUUAUUACAUUUUGAUCAUAUGAACUGGUAACCACAUUCUUGAAUAACUUACUGGAGCACAGCGUGAAGACGACACACCUUCAUCUAUUUAAAGUAUUCCACAGUAGUAGAAAUGUUGUGUGCCCAGUUCUUGGGUUGUGUUGAAUUAAGUGAAUGAGCCAGCAAGUAAUUUCGUCCAAGAGUUUUGCAUUUUUUUUCAUUCAAACACCAGCAUUAGUUUAGGGACAGAUUUCAUUUGCCUGCCUUCAAUCAUAUCUCUGAACAUACAGCAUGAAAACUUUUUUCAUAAACUAGACUCUUUACAGGUUUUCUAAAAUCUCUUUAUGAAGUGGCUCAAUCGUUUUAGUGGGAGUCAGGAUUUGGAUUCCAACUCUGCAUGUUGAUCAGUGCUCCAUUCCUCUUGGGGGCAAGCCACUUAAACUCUGCCCCCCAGUGGAAAGUAUAGGAGUUGAAUCCUGGAGAAGUCAUACUUCAAACAGCUAGGCUGAGUUGCCUUUCUCAUCUGUUAAUAUUACACCUGGAAUAUUAAGCGCUCUUAAAUAACAUGGUAAUUAUUCUAAAUCUAUUUGUGGCUUAACCAAAAUAGCAAUGUUAAUGGCCGUGUAUGCGACGCUGGUUUUGAGUUUUUCUGGGAAGCGACUUAAACAUCUCCCUAAAAUGAUUCCUGAUAAUUUAACAAACCAAAAUCUGUUCAGUUUUCAGCUAGAUCCUGUCGCUCACUGUGCUAGCUUUCACCGGCUUGUGUUGGACACAAUGGGUUCAAUGAUAAUUUGCUGUUUUUCAGUAUUCGUUUUCAGUUUUUGAAGUGUUAGUCAGAUAACGAAAUAACGGAGCACUAAAAAAGACAAAUUCUGAUGGUUUUUUAAAAUUUUAUUUCGUUUUUUUAACCAUGACUAUUUAACACUCAAGAACUGAAUUAGGACAUGCUCAAGAAACCGAAUGACAAACCGAAUUAAAUUUUUUUUUUUUUUUUAAAGUAUUCUUUAUUCUUCUUUUUGUUAACAGAGAGGAGGUACUAAAAAUGAGAAAUUGUUAUCAAAAACUAUUGUAAAUAUGCACACCAGGAAGAAACAAAUAAUACAUACAUGUUUCACCAAAACUCUAUGCUGAAAUGGCUAACCUACAGACAUCUGCUUCAGAGUUGAAUUGCUUCUAUUUUGUGUGAUGACCAAAAACAGAUCGUGGGGCAAGUAUAUAGCCCUUCUACUUCCAGACUGCCAAAACAGUAUUGAACACGCCUGUAAACUCUAGUGUGUUUGUGUAUGAUUUAGAUUUAAUCUGGGCUAUGUUGUGUAGAGAAUAGCUGUGUUUAAAAUGUAUUUAAACAUUCCAUUUUCUAGUGUGACUUUUAUAUGCUUUUUUUUUUCUUCUCCAGUGCCUUACUGAUUAACUUCAGGUUUGAUGUUAUCAACAGUAUAUUGUUAUAUGUCCAUUGCUUUACUUGAACCAAUUGUUGUUGUAUCUGUUUGCCCAUAUUGUCUGUGUUGUUACCUUGUGUGCCUUACCUAGCCUGAAUUGCUGGGCACCUUAAUAAAAUGAUUAACUAUC